AUGUCCGGAGUCGCAGCCCUAAACAUUGCCAAAAGCAACGAGACCUACUUCUUCCAAGGAGACCGAUACGUCAAAUUCAAAUGGACACCAGGCACGACCGAUGACGAAAUCACCUACGGCCCGACCGAGUUUGCGAAAGAAUGGGCGUCGUUGAAGGAGGCCGGCGGCGACAAGUACGCACGGAUCGAGUACGUCCCUGGUGCGCCGGGUGACAAGAUUUUGGGUGGAGUUCGCCCGAUCAAGGGUAACUGGCUGUCGCUCGACAAGGCUGGGUUCACCGAGGUCACUGCUGCGUUGCCUGUGCCUGGACGGAGCAACGAGGCGUACAUUUUCAGUGGACAGCAGUAUUGUCGCAUCAAAUACACCGAGGGGAAGAUCGACGACGAGCUGCUCGAUGGGCCGAAGCCUAUCUCGGUUGGCUGGAGCAAGGUCGGAUUCACGGAUUUCGAUACGAUUUUUGCUCGACCUGGUUCCGAAAACGGGGCCUAUGUGUUUAGCGGAAGCGAAUAUUCUCAGAUCAAAGUUAAUGUCGGAGGAUAUGACGAAAUUGUUAGCGAUAAGCGUGAGAUUGACCAGUACUGGCCGGCACUAGUCAGGCUGGGUUCUACUGAGCAAUGGGACCAAAUGUGGUUGCAUAGUUCUGUAUGA